AUCACAUGCAGUCAGAAAAGGGCCCUCAUUCGUUCGGCUUCUUCACAUUAGACGGUCAUCGAGUUGUCAGUGAACACCCACUAUCCAUGAAUGGUGGCUGAGCUUUGGGUGACUUAGGGAUUGGCAGGAUCAUGAAGAGGAGGUCAUGUGCCUUGAGUGCCACUCCUUUCUGGUAUUUCUUUCGUUGGCCUUUGAGUGCACAUCUCGACCUUAACGGCUUUCUAGUGCAAGUUCAAGGACGUUUCAAUGGAACGUUUUCCAAUGAGAAUAAAGUGCCUCACAGUGUGACAAUGACAUCCAAGGCUAUUGUAGGUGACAUAUCCAAUUGAAAGUGUUCUGGAAUGUCAGUCCUAAAUUCCUUUGCAAAUAUGUGUAUGUGGGAAAUUAUUUUCAAGAAUAUGUGACAAUUUCUAGUUCAGUGAACCAACUACCUCAAACUGUGUGUUCUGACAAAUGAUACGAUUCCAAUCAAUCUCUACCUCUAUUACUACGGGUCAACAGUAAAUAAUUCAGUGUCAAAUCGGCAAAAUUGGCCACUUCAAGCCAUAACGCCCUCUAUGUUUGUGUAAUCCAACUAAAAUAGUGCAUCCAUUCAACAAAUUGAUCAUACAUUCUACAUAAAUCGUGUUUAUUUAGUGUUUCAAUCUUCUGACGAAUUCCUGUUCAUGGAGGCCACCACAUUCUCCGUCGUUGAGGGAAGGGAAAACAAUCACAACACGGCAAACAGAAACUUUAAGAGGAUGGGGAGCGAAAAAUAUAAGCUCAAAUGGAGCCGGUAUGAGUCCAAUAUCUUAUCAGCUUUUCACAGUCUCUUGGAAUCCGAGACACUUUCCGAUGUAACCUUGUUUUGUGAAGGUCAAACCUUCAAGGCACAUCGGCUCGUCUUGGCCGCGUGUAGCACGCACUUCGAGAGUCUCUUCAGUCAAACGCCCAUCAACGCCCCAAGUACGAAUCAGUUCUUCGUUAUCCUGGAUGGCACCCGAGCUGAUGAUUUGCAGAUUCUCUUGCACUUCAUGUACAGAGGAGAAGCUUAUCUCCAUCAAGACCGAAUCAACAGUGUACUUCGGACGGCUGAGGCCCUUCAGGUGAAAGGGCUCUCGGAGGGUCCCCGAGGCAUUGAGCUCAAUAAUCAAAAUGCCCAUGGACCAGGAAAUAAUGGACGGUCGUGGUCGCCUCAUCCGCAACAACCGUUUGUUGGCGACUCACCACAUCACCAGCGUCACAAGAAGAAAGACUUGGAUGAUCAUUCACAAAUGAGAGAAAGGCACCAUGGCUCCCCUCCUCCGAGCAUGCACAGCAGUACGGGAGAGGGCAUGGCCCAAUCUUACUAUGCUCCACCUCCUAUCACUCGGGAGCCCUUUCCAAUGUAUUCAGGGUCAAUUCGAAGCACAAGCUCAUAUUCACGAACCUCUCGAGACGACCACCGUGACCAACCAGCCCGAUUUAGCCCUCUACCACAUAACAGAUCAAAAUCCCCCGGGCCACCUCCACCUCCAGGGCGUUAUCCUUUGGAAAAGUUCAACUCUCCUCCCCAUGGUCCAAGCGGGCUACUGCCGUCCUCUUCCGUGGAUCUUCCAAGCAAAGAAGAGCGUGACACCACCCCAAUAUCAGUGGUUUCAGCCCCGGAAAUCUAUGAAGGCCGAUCGAUAUCUCGAGGUCAUGACUCGGAUCGCCCCCCCUCAAACAAGACUGAUACCCACUCCCCAGAGUAUGAGCGUCAAACGCCCACUAUGAGCUCCCCGCUUCAAAAGACGGGAUUUCCCUCAGACUCAACGACGGACCCUGCGUCUGGUGCGGGACCUUCUGGCCUGUUGAGGUCGGCUUUUAAGACUGAGGAACAAAACCGCCUGCGCAGAUCAUCUGAUCCAGGCGCUCCAGGAAUGAACAACGAGGCUGAUGCAGGAGACAGGGCCACGCCUUCAGACGACCACAGACCCAAAUUUCCACCAGAGUUUCGUAAUGUUCGUGAUGACUUAUCCAGGAUGGCCACUUCUAGUCCUCAAGGACGAACUAAUGAUAUGAGAAUGAUGGAAGACGAUGCGAGGACUCAAGCAGCCGCUACUAGUUUGGAACAGUUUCGUCGAUUGGCACAAGCACAAGAACAUCUAAUGCCACGCCGGGUUCAUCAAGGCGGGCUGUCGGCACUGGUUCCAGGGCUGACUGCUAGCGAUUAUAUGCGCUUUGCAAUGCCCGUGAGAGAUCCAGAUAAUGGCGAUCCAAUUUCUGGCUCAGGUACAAAGCUUAAAUGUCCUUUUUGUGAGAGAACCUAUGGUUACGAGACCAACUUGAGGGCCCACAUUCGACAACGCCAUCAAGGAAUCAGGGUGUCUUGUCCCUACUGUCCGCGUACUUUCACGAGAAACAACACAGUUAGGCGUCAUGUGCAAAGGGAACACAGACAUUUAGCGGGCCGCAUCCCAACUAAAUUUGGAUCGACUCGUGUCAUGCCUGAUCCCAUUACUUCAGGCGUAGGGGCUGGCAACAAUGGGGGUGGGGCCUUGCCACAUCAUGCAAUGCCACCAUCUCCUCUUCGCUCUGGCUCUCCCAUUCCAACGUCCUCGGGGGUUGGAAGUGGUCCAGGAUCCAUGGACACAUCAGGGAUGGGUAAAUCGCCACACCCCUGACAGCCAAUUCGCGAUGACAAGGAGCCUCUAGCCUCUCGAAACUCUCGAAACUCUUCCCCGUAUGAGGUAGAGGGAUUUGAGGGUGCAAUGGAGGUGAAUGCCACCCAGUUUGAUCAUGAUGAAGGUCCCCUUGUCAUCGAUGAGCAAGAGGAGCAGCAGCAACUAAACCACAUGAAUCACCGAAACAUACCCCCCAAUAGUCUCGCCACGCCCACCGGUCAACCCCAUCCUACCUGAGAACCGUUUGAUCAUGAGGCAGUAUUACGCGUCAGCAUCCUUGGUUUCCUAUCGAAUCUCACGAAAAAAAAGCAAGACAACCGAACAGUGUUCCUUGACUCCCCUCGCCACGCCUUUUUCUCUCCCUGGAAGAGACACACAUCAACAUACACACCAGCGUCUGUCGUCGUUGCGCUCAUCUCACCUCCAACAGUAACUAUAAGACUGAGCUUUAUAUUACUACUACCGCAUCAAUUUCAAGGCCCCUGAUUCGUUCUCGAGGGCUCCCAACAGAAUUUCCUCCCCAUUCCCUAUGGCCAACUCCCUCUUUUGAUGUCCUCGACUGAAAUCAAAACACUAUCGCCGUGUUUGAAGCAAAGUGCGGCUCCAUCGUUUGAUGUUCUACCUCCGGACUGUCGUUGUUAAAAACAAAGACAUGGUCCCAUCUUCAAUAUUCAAGAACCACAAGGUCAAUAGAUCAAGGCUCACCCCUUGAUGUCCAUGGCUAGUGGCUGGUUUCAAAACAUGGCCACAUCACCUCCUUUCUCGGGUAAACUGGGACUUUUGAAAGUCACAGUAAAAACUGAAUAUUUUACGAGUAAACAACUUACAAGUAGUUAUUACUUGACUGGCCCUACAAAACAAUACUUACCCCACCUUGUUUCUUCUCAUCUGAAACUAUAAUAGCCCCUCGCCCCGCCUUUACACACUAUCCCGCUUUCUUCGUUUCCGUCGGGUCUCAAUUCUUGGUAUUUCUACCUCAUUCUUUACCCGCGUCGACCACAUCAUUCAAUAGUUAUGUUUGGUAACUUAUUACUCUUCACCCGUACCUCACCCGUGCAGCAAUGUGCUUCAACUUGUUUAAAAUCUCUUGAACUAAGUAAGGGUGACCAAUCCCGAUGAAAUCGAAGACAUACGAGCACUCAAGUAAAACUGAUCUUCUACCUCUGAAGCCCAUAGCACAUACCGGUCCGUAUCUCACAAUUCAUAAAUCCAUCACCUCAAGAUAUUACCUCACACUAAUAUAGUAUGGGCUGGUAUUUGUGGACAAAACAGCAACUAUUGACCUCCAAUUUCUCCCGCCAUCAUCGAUUGGUCACCGUUGAUUUAGUUCUCCCAAAAUUUUGAGCGCUUUCUUCUUGGCCAAAGGACCACGCUUCCAGACUGGGCCUGAAGAUUCCAAUUCAAUUAUUGGCCACGUUUUCAAAGACUGAUACAGACAGAGACACCUGGCUUCUCUAAAAGUUGCCUUGAUUUGAGGACACGAAGACUAAUUCAAAAUUUGCUCAGGUUUCAGAAGAACGAGAACUAAGAGCAAAACUUUAAUCCUAUUGCCUUCUCUCACGAUCGCCCCCUGCCCCUCCUGCCCCUCCUGCCCCAAGCUAUACUGCCUACCAUCUAAACUACCAUAGAAAACUGCCCUUUAUCACAAGCAUGUCUCUCCAAACCCAGAACCACCCGCAAAUGAAAUGUGCAAUAGUCAUUCAUAACCACAAUAGUUACCACAGUGAACAACUAACUACCGGUCUCUGAACCUGUCGAAACACCCCCUGAACUCAAGCUAUUGAUAAAGAAAAUACUACCGCUACCAUGUGCAACCCAGAGAAAGCCCUUGCUUGUAAAACAUUGUUGAGCCAACGUAUGAAUGCCUUAUCGUGUGCGGCCUCUGAAAGAGGGCACACAUGGCUUUAAAACGUAUCAGAUUCCUCCUCAGACCCAUUUUACUAGGUUUUUUCUAUAGUUCAUGUUGUACAUACCUUUGGAUUGACUUUCUAAAGAGGAGCUUUUAAGUGUGAGUUGGUGUUAUACCUUUCAAAAGGAACACAACGUCCCCUACAAAGAAAAUAACGUACUUCCAUUUUAUCAUUUGCAUGAUGAAUUGGUGUUCUCUAUUUCACAGUGAAGAAGGCCUAUGGCGAGUGUACAUAUAGUCUGCCUCCACACAAAUCCCUCUUACAUACUACUGCUACUUCUACUACUAUUAUGAACAACAACAACAACAACAACAAAAAAGAAACGUUUUAAAUGUCGCUGUUUAUAUUGACUUGAAAUAUUGCUCUAUAAUUGAUGGAUCAAAUCCGGUCUUUUCGAACUCUCUGAUUUUCUCACUCGUUUAUGGUGAAACCCUUUAAACCGGUGAAACCUCCUCCCAGCUAUUUGUUGAAAUGUGAAAAUAAUGAAUGUAUUUCCAAACACAACACGUGGACAAACUCAUUAAGGUAAUAAUAUUACUGGUGCUGAUGAGACAGAUAUCCCGUUGUGCUGAUCCUAGAUCAGAUUUUAUUGGCCUCUGAAAGAAAAUUGGCUUUUCCUUCUUAUUCUAAAUCCUCUUUUUGAGUGUAGAUGAUUAAUUCUAUGACUCUGCUUGGGACUUAUCAUCGCCACUUUCUUUAUCUCUUUAUCGUGUACUAGUGACACCAAAUGUAUGAAUGUUGCUUUAACUAUUUUCUAAUCUGGAUUAAGGGGGGCAAUGUUGUCGCUUUACUCCGAAAAUUUUCCUCCUCGAAAUUACACUCUUUCUUCAACUAUUGCUUGAUCCAACCAAUAUAUCAGUCAAAAUGCCACCAGUUUCGUUUUCCAAAAGUAACAGCCUCCAAAAGGAGCCCUUGAAAUUCCCGUUGAUUACAAGACUGAACCACACCCACAUCCAUUUCAAAGAGAUGAACCGCAACAGUUAUUCAAUAGCCUCUCCAUAGUCGUAACAAUAUUAUCAGCACCUCUUACUAUAUACCAAUAACUACAUCAACAAUAAUUAUUAUGAUAAUACAAAGAACAACUACCACAACAACAACAACAACAACAACAACUACUACUACAUCUCCUCCUCUCCAAUCCAUCCCGGUAAAUCUGCCUCCAGAGACAAACUCUAAAAACCCCGACAACAAAAACACUCACGUUUCAAUUUUGCUAUUAUCACAUACAACGAUGACUAUUGUUAUCAUUAUUAUAAUUAUUGACUGGAUAUACUAAGAACACAUAUGCAGUACUGUUCAAAUAUAUGACUCAUUUGCAUAGUCUUAUGAAUAAAAAAAAUCACAAAUCAA